UCUAACAUCACGUACAAGUUUAUAUAGAUCGAGAUGUCAUCACAAUGGGCUAGUUUGCCACUUCUUCCACUGAGAUGUGUAAUGGACCACCUGAGUUUGGAGGAUGCUCUGGCAGCUAUGUCAGUCUGUCAUCAUUGGCAUAGCACUAUGUUGCUAUACGAAGGUCGCAAAGAAACUCUGAAACUUAAAGCAAAACAACUUGAUAAAUGUCUGUACCUGACACGUUUAUUUAGAAAACACACAAACAAACUACAUAUCUAUUUAGAUUGCAAUGAUGAGCAGCUUGACAAGUUCAUGAGUUAUGUGUUGCCACAAUUCUUUGACACACUAAAACUAUACGAAUUGAUAUUCAUAGGACCAAGCUAUAUACAACAAAACCCACACCUUCCAGUUGUUAAGCUAAAAAGGAUAAUAAUAGAGAGUUUGAUCCACAAACAUUCACACAGUCUCCAUAAACUAGCAUUGUUGGGCUGUGAAAUGGGAGUUGCGAAGAAUGAAAAUGAUAGAUUCAUUCACAAGCAUGUAGAGUACUAUUCUCGUCCUCUGUCCUUCUCUGACGUUGCGGUCGCAGCGGACGCUGUACUGACGCGAUCUAACAUUUUGGUGUUUUCCACUUUGCAACAUUUAAUAGUGGACUAUGAGCAAAUAAACACUGAUGCUUUGGAAACUCUCUCUGAAAUCACGUCAUUCUCGCGUCUGACAUUGAACGUGAGAAACAAGCGAGUAGUUAAUUAUACCCCUAUAGAUUGGGAGCGACUCGACGCCUGUUAUCCUAACGGGCUAGAGGUAGCAGUUAAUAUUAUUGCCAUAUCGAUGAAAAAAUUCGAAGAUAUUAUAAAUAACGUAUUGCGUGAGGGCAUGACGCUGACGUCCCUCAAAGUUAUGUAUUGUAAAACGUUGAACCAGCCGUUGUUAGAACAUAUAGUGCGAUUGUACAAGGACACAUUACAAGAGCUAGUGUGGGCGGACGCCCCGUAUGAUUCAUGUGAACCAUGCAACCGUAUAGUGAAGCCGGGCAGGUAUAUACAGUAUGGCAUAUGUAACGUGAACCCGUUCAUCCUGCUGUGUUGGCAGUGCACGCAGUUGCGACGGCUUGUCAUACACGGUUAUUGGGUGUGGCAGUACGACUUGCUAGGUUUCGUGCGUCUCCGCAAGAGCCUUAUGAAAGUGGAGGUGCCGGCGCUGUAUCCGCGCCAGGGACGAUUCGGAACCUCCGCAGCCGCCGUGCGCGUCCUCGCACAGGAUGUCGCGCCACACGUCACGCAACAGUUCGUACAGGAAAUGAACGAAUAUACAGAGUUCAAAUGGAAGCCCACCUCGUGGAAUAAACUGCACCCGGGGCUCCGAGCUAGGGCUUCGCUCGCUCAGCGCAGCGAAUAUGUACUGCAAGAGGCGACGCAACCGUUGGGAGUCACAUAAAUCGACGGUAACGACUGAACCUGCCCCUAAAUAUUAUUAAAAUGAUCAAUACCGUGUCCUUUUGUAAAUUGUUAAUUUAAAUUAAUUUAUAUUCGAAUCAUAAAAUUUACACAGUGUAACUUUUAACAUGGAAACAUUUUUAAGAAAAUGUGAAGUCUGUACAAUUUAUUUUUGUGUAUUAUUAUAUAAAAAAUAUCGUUUUGAAUGGGAAUGACAUGGGUGUCAUUUGAUAACACUAUGCAAUAAGAAAAAAAAUCACCCGUACCCCGAGUGGUAAUUCUUGUACACCUAGUACUUAAUAAACAACAAAAUACAAAUUCACAUUUACGUAUAACGUCUCUAAAGACGAUCGACAAAUUACUUUUUAAACAUUUUUCACCACUAAUACUCAGUGUUAUAGCCGAAUAGCUUUAAAAAUAUUCCAUAUUUAUAUCUAUAUAUUUGUCUUAAGAUGUAUCCGCCAUUUAUCUAUCUAUCCUUCACUACUUCACAUAAUCUCUGUCGUUUAAUUUUCUUUGCCUGGAAGAGAUUAAUGUUCAGUAAUAAGGCCGCCUUUUGUUUACCCCUCCUCUCAAUGGGUUGUUUGAUUUAUUGUAAAGUGUAUUAUUCUAAGUGCAAUAUGUCUAUUAUUAUUAUAUUCAUAGGUAGUACGUUAAGUAGAAGUUUUCGAAUAAGGCUGGUUUAAAAAAAAAAUCAAACCUCUCCAAGCCUCUUAUUUUUAUUACAUUUUGCAGAUAUUUCUCUUGAAGAGAUUUUCCAAUUUUUCGAGGUUAUCGAAUAGUAAAUGAGAGCGAAGCAAGCUGCUAUACUGGAGCUGUAUUUCUAGACUAAAUAAUUUAAGAACUCAUUCGACUGGUAAAUUAGAGCUAAAUUCCACAACUACUAAACUAUCAAAGAUUUAGAAUAGAGGCCGUCCAUUAAUCACGUGAUGUUUUUUCAACAUUUUAUGAACCCCCUCCCGCUUGGUGAUACAUGGUGAGGUUUAAGACUAUCCCCUCCCUCUUUCAACCAAAUUACGUGUAUU